UUUUUCACAUCUUUUUCCUCCGUGUGAUAGACGAAUGGUAUCCAUCAACGAGGAGAUAAGAAGAAAAGAAAAAAAAAAAAAGAAAGAAAAAAAGGGCGAAAGAGGAAGAGUCAUUUUGAUGUGUAAAAUUGAAGAGGCAAAGCGUAUCUCAACAUUGUCGGCGGCAGACGGAACGCGUUUAUCUCUUUGUGACUGGAAAACGUCCAGCGUUCGUUGAAAAGCUCGAGUGGGACGAUAUUUCGUUAUAGUUCAGCGUGGGCGAUUUAAAAGUUACUGUUUCUUCGAUGGUUUUGUGUCGUCAGAUAGAUAGAUAGAUAGAUAUAGAGAGAAAGAGGGAAGAGACAUAAACAAGUGUGUAAAAAAAUAGAAAAAUAAAAAUGGGAUGACAGAGUGAAGAGAGAGAGAGAUAGAGAGAGAGAGAGAGAGAGAGAGAGAGGUAGAGAGAUAGAGAAGAGGAUAGCUAUCAGAGAGAAAGAGGACGUCAUGGCAUGAAGAGGGACGACUAGUCCACGAAUUUGUGUUUUGGCAUCGAACUCGGCGGGACCCACGUUCGUUUGGUUGGAAAUCCGCGCACGGUUAGGAUUAGUCAGUAAGUUUCGUUCGCUCAUCGGAUGAGAUGCGCACUGUUCUGCCGCUUAACUGCCAAACGUUAUUGUCGUCGUCGUCGUCGUCGUCGUUGUCGUCGUCCUUGUCGUCAUUGUAUAAUUUAAUUCCGUUUCGUUCAUAAAACACAAUUUCUCUAUGCUCGAUGAAGAAACGGUAGUUGUCUAUUACAUCUGCCGGAAAUUUAUAAUCGAUUUUCUUUAGGACGUUUCCGUAAUCAUCAUCAUCAUCAUCAUCAUCAUCGUCAUCAUCAUCUCUGUCGCCUCAUCGACGCAACCCGUUUUCGUAUGACGUCUUUGUCGCGCUAUUUGUGUUCGUUUUAUUGUACAACGGGAAACGUCAAAAUGUGUAUCUACUUUCAGAGAUUGAAUUAUACGAGAUCGUUAUUGAAUCCUCAUAACAAUCGGUAAAAUCAUCGAUUAAUAGUUUAGAUCUUUUUUCUUAUAUCAGCGUUCGUUGAAGUUCGUUACGUGAGUCUAAUCCGAUCACUAUUAUAAUCCCGACUCCGACACCCCAUCAUACCCCCUCCGACGGAUCUACUAACUCAAUUUCUUUGUAAAUUAGUAUCCUUUGAUCUUCUCGGACGGGUCAUAAAGUUUCUUCUCGGCCGUUUAGUUUUCGAUUAAUAGUACGAGGUGAAUGACCGUGGAAAUGAAACGCGAGCUUUAUUUAACGAUUAAUAAUUUGGACGUCGUCGAUGAUGGUCGUUGGAAAAGGGCAGAGUGUUCUUUAUCAUUGGCGAAAUCGCAGGACUCUAGAGAUUAAGAAUCGAACGUGAUUAUUGAACAAUUUUUUAAAGAAAUCGCCUUUUUCGAAUAGUAUGCGUGCGUGCGUACGUACAUACGUGCAAUAAAAGAGAGAAGUGAGAAUGAUAGACACUGUUACAGAAUUGUACUAUCUUUUACGCGUGUCCAGAAUAAGAAGCGAUGGCCUCGUCUUUAGGCUACAUGCUCUAACAACGAUCUUGAUGCUGCUAUUUUCCGUAAUUAUUAGCAGCAAGCAAACUGUGGGAAAUCCAAUAGAGUGCGUACAUACGAGAGACAUUCCUGUAGAGGCCUUCAAUGCGUACUGUUGGAUACACAGUACGUAUAUCGUGAGCGGUGGUGCUAUGCUUGGUGUCGCAGGGGCAAACGUUGCAUAUCCUGGUGUUGCCUCGUCUUUCGGCAUUUUACAAAGACGUUAUCAGGACGAGGAGGAUCAUCGUCAUGUCAACGAUCAAAUAAAAAGAGUCAAGUAUUAUCAGUGGGUUGCCUUCGUGCUUAUCUUUCAGAAAAAGUAAAAAGGAUAGUUUUCAAACACGAUAUACAAAUGAUCAUCGUCUCGGCGUAAACGAACUGAUAUGGAUCUAUCUGAUUGACUUGUGUUUAAAAAAGAAAGGGGAAAAAUAAGAGAGAAAAAAAAAAGAGAGAAACGACGACAUAACAUCUUGUGAGAAACGAUUGACGCGUAGGUGUAACGUCGUCGACAUUCAGCCAGUGGGGAAAAAAAAUUGAUUAUUUACCUUUUUCUAUAAGCGAACCGUUUCUGUGUUGUAUAUUCAACAAGGGAAAAGCGGAUAUAUAGGAUGUGCUUAGAAAAACAUAUCUCAUUUCUUCGUGUUAUACUCACGAACAUAAGUUUAACGUACCAGAAGACUCGUUUGUCGAAGACUCUGUUUGUCUGUGUGUGUGUGUCUGUGUGUGCUUCUUUUUUUUCACAUAUAUUAUUUUUUUUUUUUUUUUUUUAUUUAUUUAUUUAUUCUUUUUUUUUUUUUCAUUUUUCUUUUCCUUCAAUAAAGGCCACGUACGUACGUAUAAAAGACAUCGCGAACUCGAAUGUAACGACGAAGCGUAUUAAAAGCAUUUCGGAGAAUCAACGUGGCUUAAACGCUCGACCAUUUAUAAUUCGGUUGCAGUCAAUUUCAGAAUAUCUCAUCUUGUAUUUGCGUAUUGCCAGAGAGAUAGCAGAUUUAUUGGAUUCAACGAGAAGAUGGAUAUCGUCAUAAUCGUGUCAUAAUAUCGGCCUGUAAUUUAUUAGAAACGGAGUCGCGUGAGGCUCACGUACGCGUAUGUCAAUAAUCCAAAGCCAUUAAAGCUGUUCAAAAGUGAUCGGCAGAUGGUUAGAGAACGAUUAUGCAAUGAUUCUAAGUUACAGCGACGUUUCCACCCCCUCCCUCCCCCCCUCUCUCUCUCUCGUCUAUAAGCAUGAAAGAGGGAAGACCAGAUUUUUGAGUCGGACCAGACUCUUCUUAAGCAGCAUAAGCCUCGCCAUGUGAUUUAUCUAUGUGGUUCGAUAGACGCGACGAGGGUACUUGAAGAAGCUCGUUUAACUAAAUCAGAACUAUUCACCGAUGGAAUCACGACUUUACCAUAUGAAAUUCUAGAUAUUUGAUUGAUAUAUAUAUAUAUAUAUAUAUAUAUAUAUAUCAUUAAUAAAAAAUGUAUGGCCGAAGGAUAAUAUUGUCACGAUAUAAAAAUUAUACAACAUUGAACAAUAUUGAAAUUAUACUUUGAAAGGUAUCGAAUCUAAAUGGUGAUGAUAAAAUGAUCGUAUUCGAAUGAAAUCGAAUCGUAAAAUACGAACGUUCCUUUUGGGACGAUACGUAACUCCUGCAUGAUUCUAUUUAAGUCCGUCUAUUUCGUAUGAAAUUAGUAAGUACGCGAAUAAAAGCAAAAUAUUUAUUUACAUAUCGCCGGCACCGAACGAGAAAGCACUUAUCUCCGAGAAGUUAUAACGUGUCUUAGGCGUUGAUUCGUCGAAGCA